UAACAAUUUUCAGCCCAUUCAAAAAAAAAAAAAAAAGUGUCCUCUCCCACUCUUUCAUCGGCAUCAUCCACCUUCUGUGAUUUCUGUUUUGAAAUGCUAGGAGUGAUAACUCCUACAAUUAAUCCAUGGAGACUCCAAAUGUUCAAGAGAUUAUAGAGAAGCAAGUCUUGACGGUGGCCAAAGCUGUUGAAGACAAGAUCGAUGAGGAGAUUGCAGCCCUAGAUUGCCUUGACGUCGAUAAUAUUGAAGCACUGAGAGAGCGGAGACUUCAACAGAUGAAGAAGAUGGUGGAUAAGCGGAGCCAUUGGUUGGCCCUCGGCUAUGGUGAGUACUAUGAGAUCCCCUUAGAAAAGGAGUUCUUCUCCAUUGUCAAAGCUAGUGAGCGCGUUGUCUACCAUUUUUAUCGUGAGAACUGGCCUUGCAAGGUGAUGGACAGACACUUGAGUAUAUUGGCAAAGCAGCACAUAGAGACACGCUUUGUGAAAAUCAAUGCUGAGAAAAGUCCAUUCUUGGCUGAGAAGCUCAAGAUUGUUGUACUUCCAACCCUUGCCCUUAUAAAGAAUUCCAAAGUGGACAAUUAUGUGGUGGGAUUUGAUGAGCUUGGUGGGACAGAUGAAUUCAGCACCGAGGAACUGGAGGAAAGGUUGGCGAAAGCUCAAGUUAUAAUUUUUGAGGGUGAAUCGUCUCGAAAUCAAUCAAAAUCUAGUGCCAAAAUGAGGAGUGUUUGGCAAAGCACAAAUUCAAACUCUUUGGAUUCUGAGUAAUGUAGAUUGCCUCUUGUCUUUUGCAUUUUUAGUGGGAAAGUGGCUAUGAGUUUGCUAGCAUUUCCCUCUUUAUAUUCAGAGAAUUUGAAGAGAGUUUUUCACCUGCUGUUAUAGGUGGCACUAUUAUAUGCUAAUUUUUAUUCAAAAUUCUCAUUGAUUGUGUAAGAUUCACGAUUUCACUUCGAAACCAUAAUUUGAAUUUUGCUACA